CGUGUUUUGCCGACCUCCGGAGGCUCUAAGUCUUCAAUCUUUCCAUCUUGGGAAAAAGCCACGUCACAAAACUGUUUUCAAGUUGAAAUGGCCACAACUUCGCGGCUAUCUCCAAUAAAGCCUAAUCUAAAGGAGUUUCUUCAGCCUCUCCGGGUUGAACUCGAAAGCUUGUAUGCUUUGUCAUGUCGCCUAUCAUCGUCUUAUAAAAAGUUGGCCGCGGAAUCUUCAGAACACUUUAUUCCAACUGCACUUACCAGUCUCCCAACUGGUCAAGAAACAGGACGCUAUCUUGGUGUCUAUUUUGGUCUGUCCUACCUUCGUGUGGCCUUCAUCGACCUCUUAGGAGAUCAACAUGUGGAAGGACAUACACGCGUAAGGCGCACAUUAGAGAAAGCAUGGCCUAUUGAAGAGCGCCUACGAAAGGAUCAUCCUGUCGACCUCUUCACGUGGAUUGGAGACUGUAUCGCCGAGGUGGUGGCAGACAGACUAGCCAAUCCAAGUGAAGAGCGGAUUGACCAAAUUACGACAGGUAUUUCCUUUUGUCUUCCUAUAAAACAAGAUUCCCUCGAUGAAGCUAUCUUGAUGCCGACAGGAAAAGGCUUUUCUCUAAGCUCAGAUCUCAAUCUCCGCCAAGCCUUGCUGAAUGGAUAUGAACGCCACACGUAUUCGACUCAUGGAGAUGAAAUGAAUAUGCCUGCUAAACGCCGCAGACUAUUUUCUCUUCCUAAGUUGAAAGUCGCAGUCAUGAUCAAUGAUACGACAGCGACACUUGCUUCAUUGGCGUACUCCAUUCCUUCCUUACCCAACACCCGUGUUGUUAUGGGUUUGAUCGUGGGGGCAGGAUGUAAUACGACUGUUCCCAUGAAACUUGCCGACUUACAUGAAUCCAAAACUAAAAGCAUUCUUGAAAAACACCCCGAUGCACAGGAAACACUCAUCUCGACUGAAUGGACUCUCUCCACUGCAGCGGGUUCCUUCGAUGAGCUCGGUAUUCGAACCAAAUGGGACCUUCAGCUCGAUAGAAAUUGCAAAAGACCAGGUUUCCAACCAAUGGAAUAUAUGAUCGGCGGUGGAUAUACUGGCGAGCUUGUCCGCAUCGUCUGUUAUGAUUGGUUCCAUGGUGUUUUGGGAAUAGAACGCUCCAAGUUACCCCUGAAGUUGGUUAAAGAAUAUUCUCUUUCAACAGAUUACCUCUCCCUUGUUGUUGCAUCUUCUCUAUCCGAUCAGCGCUUGGCAAGCGAAUUGUCCAAGACACUUCAACCAUCUCCUGAAAGUGAUUGGAUUUGGUCGCCUGAAUAUGCCCGUGAUAUCCGGGCCAUUGCCUCGGCUGUGCAGGAUCGAGCGGCUUCUUUGGUGGCGUCUGCAGUUGUUGGUCUCCUGGACUGCACCAAUGAAGUCCAAUUGCGCAACACAGCUUCCAAUUGCGCCAAUGGAGAAAAAAUUAGUACAGAAGCUGGAGUUACUGAACAAACGGACUCGGAGUCGGCCUCAUCGUCAACGCCAGGUUGGAAUAGCGGGCCCGAGGAGCUCGCGGUGGCCUAUUCAGGUGGAGUGAUCCAACACUAUCCUCACUAUAAAGACACUGUACAAAGAUAUAUUGAUCGACUGCUCCUGCGAGCUGGUCCUCAAGCAGGAGGAAAGAGUGUGUUCUUGCGGGAGGCCAGUGAUGGCGGGAUCAUUGGAACUGGUGUCCUUGCAGGAACAGCGUCAGGGGAAAUUGGAGAAAUCAAGGUUACUAAUGGUUAA